AUGAACCUGGCGGGUCCUCUCCCUUUCCCACUAUUCGGAAUACCGUUUGCGCAAAGGAUUCCGGCUGGCAUCAUUGCCAUGAGUAAUCCCAAAAUCACAGCGCACCUUGCCCAUACCAAAUGGCGGCAAUAUUCGGAUCCACUUACCUGGGACGAGGAAACCCUGAAGAACUUGAUUGCCUUCGACGACAAAGUCGACAACCAAAUGUUUGGCGCCUUCAAGCCUCUCCCAAACAUCGACGAGCAUGAGUCUGCUAAUACCAUGAAUCUGGGACUCAUCGGCUACUUGUCACUGGAGGUGAUGCAUGAGAUCAUCAACCACAUGGAUCUCAUAACUAUUGCACGAUUCUCCGGCACCUGCCGUUUUGCUCGCAUUGCAGUCAAUCACCACCCAAGCUACAAGAUGGUGAUGGAGCAUGCCUCUCAUAUUUGCCAGACCCUCACAGCCACGGGACUAGGCUACUGGAACAGUCUCGGCAACUUUAGGAACGAGCUGCAGUACCCUUACUGCAGAUCAUGCGGCGGAAGUGGAUCUUACGUCUUUCUACCGACAUGUGAACGCAUUUGCCCCAACUGCUGUGAUCUCAACAAGGAUUACUGGUGCAUCACGGUGGAGGACGCUACAACAGCAUUUGCUAUCGACAUAUCUGACCUCCGACGCAUCCCUAUCAUUCGCAUAAAGCCACAAUCAUACCGUUCUACAGUCUACCCCGCUAGGCUGACAUACAUCGAGUACAUGGUUCCCGCUAAGUGCGCUUUUGAGGCCGGUGUCAGGCGUUGGGGGACAGUUGCGAAGAUGCAGCGCCAAGGCGAUCUCCGAUCGCCAGACCGUCACCCCGAUGCAACCUCGUUUGAGAUUAUGGAUGCCGAGCUGUUUCGGUUCCUCCGUUCUGUCCUGCUCCCAUUCGGUACUGAUCCUUUGCAAGCUCCAUACCCACGUCGACCGUUGUAUGAGCAUUUCAACCCUAUGAUCGGCGCAAUCGCCUCGUGGUUCCCACAUGUGGAGCGCCCUCAUGUGGACCCCACUCCACACUACUGUUGCAAGGGAUGUGUAUGGGCCUACGAGCGAAAGAUUCACCCUGCUGCUGAUCAAAUUACCUACAUGGGUCUUGAUCCCGGUUUAUCCAACGAGGAAACCAGUAUUGCUUUAGCGAGACGUAUGCGGAUCCCACGAACAUGGCCUCAGACCAUCAUCCAUUCGGUUAAUUGUGUUGGUUGUGGGUUGUUGAUGUGGGAUGCUAAGGCCACGAAGGACGAGAAAGUAUCUACUUGA